GAUGCUGAUCCUGAGACUGCUAUCUCCAUGGCACUCACUGGUGACCUGGGCUCUUUCUCCAAAGCGCACCAGCCUCAGCUUUUGGGCUCUUCCGCUCAUCAGCAGUUGUGGACUCUGACUGAGGACAAGAACCCGAUGUCACCACCGAUGGGUCUUGCGUCUGCUGGCUUGGAAUCUGCUGCCCCUAUGGGUAUUUCUCAAGGAACUAGCCUCAAGAACCGUCGCUUGCAGGUUCUCGCCCCUCCUGUACUCGCCCCGCCUCAGACCUAUGCUCCUACUUCCGCUCCCACGCCUGCUUCUACCUCGGCGCCGGUGGUUGACUUGACGAUUGACCACUUCCAGGCCUACCGCGAGGGUUCAAGAAGUAGCCCAUUCAGUCCUGAGGGUCUCGAUAUCGAUCUGAUGGCCUCGCCAGGAAGCUAUGCACGCCUGGGUGACGGUCUCUCAAGCACGCUGUCCACGCCGUUCGACGAGACCCCUCUGAACGACGGCUCAAUGCCAGACUAUUUCGGAGGAUACAACCUCGGCGCAACCUCCGGAGAGGGCAGCUCAGCUGGCUUCGGCUGGGACGGAGAAGCUAGUGCUGCCCUCGACGCCUUCUCAGAAGAGCACGGUCUCUUUGAGAACGACAGCGUAAAGACGGAGGACAACGGACUCUAUGAAUUGAUGUAACGGGGUAUCGAGCUACAGCAAGGGUGCUUACAGUCACGAGCAUACUG